AUGACGAGUGUCCGCAUCCCCCCUUUUGAAUCGCUAGUAGACAUCGACCAAAAGUCACUAUGGGUUGCGCUAGCGUCAAUAGCCUUCAAUCCUACUUAUUGGAACAUCGUCGCACGUAAUGAGCAUAGAAAUAAGACUAUUACAAAAAUAUUCGGAGGGAAUGCUUAUUAUGGAUGCUAUGCCCUGGCCUUCACGAUUUUCAGCCUUGGUAUAAUUCGCGACGUAUUGUAUCGCAAAGCAUUAGAAAACCAGCCAUACUAUGAGCUCAUCGAUCCAGCCAUUGCCAAACCUCUUGCGGUCGCCCUUUUCGUCGCUGGCCAAAUACUGGUGGUCAGUUCCACAUGGGCUCUUGGUCUUACAGGGACAUAUCUCGGUGACUACUUUGGGAUCCUAAUGGACCACCGCGUUGAAGGUUUCCCAUUCAACAUCUUGGCGGAUCCAAUGUAUGAUGGCAGUACCAUAUGCUUCGCUGCGACUGCACUAUGGUAUGGCCGCCCCGCAGGCCUUUUCAUAACCGCGUUCGUAUAUAUUGUCUAUGGAUUCGCGCUUCAUUUCGAAGGACCAUUCACGGAUGAAAUCUAUUCUGCUCGCGCCAAGGUCAAGGAGGAAAAGACCGAAUAG